AAAGCCCGGAAUCGUCAUAGUUUAUCCACCUUAUAUUUUUUUUUUUUUGAAUAAAAACAAAUGAAGGCAAAUGGAGAUGGCGCUUGAAAUUGAAAAGCCACAAAUCCAAAAGUCUUACCCAUUGGACGUUGUCUCUGUUAAACUAGCAUUAAUAAAAUGACUAAACUACCCUCUCGUAAAUCCAACACAACAAACAACCAUCCGUACCGCCAAUUUAACAACUAUUCAGGAGAUUUAUUUAAUAAGUCGGCGCUAUAAAUACAUCAUUAUUACAAAUCUAGGAAAAUUAAAACCCUAGCUUUAAUCUCAGCUGGUCAAAUAUUUUCCUGGUUCCCAAACAGUGUUUAUCUGUUUAGCUGGUUGAAGCUGAUCCCAAAUAUAUUGGGAAAGAAAGAUGGAUAGAUAAAGAAGAACAGAGGAGAGGAGCUCGUGCCCGUUUUCUCCCACCUAACUCCACAGAGUCGACUCCAGUCUAUCCGUGGAGCCCGAGCCUACCUUUUUCUUUUGGAUUUCUAGGGUUAAAGGUUUCUGAUUCCGAUUGCCUAGCCAGGUUUUCCAAUCUGGUGAUGUUAUUAGAGUGGUUAGGAUGCAAUAGAUGGUAUAGGGAGUUAUGAGAUUUACUUCCGCACGUUCUGGUGCUGGUUUUGUUCUCUGUUGUAGACGAGUUGUAGCAAUUUUUUUUCAUUUAAGAGGUUAAGAUGCCCCCACCUUAUUUUUCAAGGCUUAGAUCUGCAGUUCAGAGAUCGAUUGUAGGUGAUGAUGGUGCCCUCCAGGACUCCGUAACAGUUUUAUUUGGGAAGGGAAGAUCUCUUUUUGAAAAUUCUAGAUUGUUUUCCAGAUCACUAUCAAGUCUUUCAGAUCUUGAAGCACUUUUACGACCAGGCAAUGUAGUUGCUGCAAGUGCAGCUUCACAAUUAGUUAAUCAAAGAAAAAAUCUUUCUGUUGUUGGAGCUAUUUCGCGCACAUUCUCUAUACCAUCAGUGUCAGGGCCUUCACUUCAGGUCUGUGGGUAUCACUUCGAUUGCCUCGUCUCUGACCCUAAUCCAUUUUCAAACAAGGAAAAGUUGAGCAAACCUAUGGCUGUUUCCGGUUCUAGAGUUGUAUUUGGUGAAUUUUACGUAAGUAAUUUGACAUCAAGGCUUGAACACCGCCUGCCAUUAACUGAUAGUAACACUAACAGUGUAAUAUACAGCAGCAAAAACAGAACUUUUGACAGCUUCCAGAAAGCUACUAUGAGUUUGAAAAAUCAUGGCCAACCCAACAAUAGUGCAAUCUAUGGGUAUUUCGUAUAUGAAGUUGGGAGGAGGUGGUUUGGUUCCUACCCAGUUAUAGAUUCAGGAUCAAAGGAGUUUCACAGCUCAUCUUCUUCAUGUUUCUCUGCUGGUCCUGCUCAUGAUGUGUCUUUUGACAAUUCUUCCCGCGAGGAGCAACCCUCUAGUUCUGCAGAUUCAUCUUAUCAGGACAGUAAGCCUGGAAAGGCUCUAAAACUGGUCUCAGCAUCAUGCUAUUUACCCCACCCAGAUAAGGAAGAAACUGGUGGUGAGGAUGCUCACUUUAUCUGCGUUGAUGAACAAGCAAUAGGGGUCGCCGAUGGUGUUGGUGGCUGGGCAGAUCAUGGUGUGGAUUCAGGACUAUAUUCCAGAGAACUCAUGUCUAAUUCAGUAACUGCUGUGCAAGAAGAACCCAAGGGUUCCAUUGACCCAGCAAGGGUUUUGGAGAAAGCUCACUCAAGUACUAAAGCAAAGGGUUCUUCCACAGCGUGCAUUAUAGCACUUAAUGAGCAGGGAAUUCAUGCCAUUAAUUUAGGUGACAGUGGGUUUAUUGUGGUCCGAGAUGGGUGUACAAUCUUCAGAUCACCAGUGCAGCAGCAUGAUUUUAAUUUCACUUUUCAAUUGGAAAGUGGAAAUAAUGGUGAUUUACCUAGCUCUGGCCAGGUUUUUACAGUACCUGUAGCUCCCGGGGAUGUCAUCAUUGCUGGGACUGAUGGACUCUUUGACAACUUGUACAACAAUGAGAUAACGGCAGUAGUAGUGCAUGCCAUGCGAGCUGGCUUAGGGCCUCAGGCAACAGCUCAAAAAAUAGCAGCAUUGGCGCGUCAACGAGCACAGGACAAGGACAGGCAGACACCGUUUUCCACAGCUGCUCAAGAUGCUGGUUUCCGCUACUAUGGGGGAAAGCUUGAUGAUAUCACAGUCGUUGUUUCGUAUGUGGCUGGUUCUAGUGACAAAUGACAACUCUUUUGUUCCUCUCUGUACCUGAUGUAUAUACUUUGAGGAUCUUUGGCGUUACUGAAACUUCUCUUUACCAAGGGCACGGAUUAGUAAUUGGAUGUGUUGGCUAUAUUUGCAAAGAAAAACUGGAUGGAGCCGAGCCUAUCCAUUAUCCAUUCAACUUCUUCACAGAAAUUGUUCAACACAGUCUAAUCUAAGCGUGCAUGGAAAGUUGAUAAUCGCAGUAACAUGGAAGAUGAUCAAAGAAACACUCUCUAUAGAUGAUGUAUAUAGUAUACUCUCCUCAUAUUCAUUUUUAUUUUUUGUAGAGUCGAAGACUCCUCUGCAGCCGUUUAUGUUGCACACUUAUCCGUUAUGUAAAAGCGUGAUGGUGUUUUUUUUAGUGUAUGAUGUAGUAGACAAUAGUGCAGACUCAAUGGUUAUCUUUUUUAGCUUUCAAUCUAAUGAGGGAAUUGUUUUGGUUA